GGGCCGGCUGUGGCGGCGACAUCAUGGCGGACGUGCUCAGCGUCGGUGUGAACCUGGAGGCCUUUUCCCAGGCCAUCAGUGCCAUCCAGGCGCUGCGCUCCAGCGUAAGCCGAGUGUUCGACUGCCUGAAGGAUGGCAUGCGGAACAAGGAGACGCUGGAGGGCCGCGAGAAGGCCUUCAUUGCGCACUUCCAGGACAACUUGCACUCGGUCAACCGGGACCUCAAUGAGCUGGAACGCCUGAGCAACUUAGUAGGCAAGCCCUCUGAGAACCACCCUCUUCAUAACAGUGGGCUGCUAAGCCUGGAUCCUGUGCAGGACAAAACUCCACUCUACAGCCAACUCCUGCAAGCCUACAAAUGGUCCAACAAGUUGCAGUACCAUGCGGGUCUGGCAUCUGGCCUUUUGAAUCAACAGUCCUUAAAGCGGUCUGCAAAUCAGAUGGGCGUAUCUGCCAAGCGUCGACCAAAGGCUCAACCCACUACCCUGGUUCUACCACCCCAAUACGUGGAUGACGUGAUCAGCCGCAUUGACAGGAUGUUUCCUGAAAUGUCCAUCCACCUAUCCAGACCCAAUGGGACAUCAGCAAUGCUUCUGGUGACCUUGGGCAAGGUGCUGAAAGUGAUCGUGGUCAUGAGGAGCCUGUUCAUUGAUCGAACAAUAGUGAAAGGGUAUAAUGAGAAUGUCUACACAGAAGAUGGCAAGCUUGACAUAUGGUCUAAAUCCCACUACCAAGUGUUCCAAAAGGUGACAGACCACGCCACCACUGCUUUGCUCCACUAUCAGCUGCCCCAGAUGCCAGAUGUUGUGGUCAGAUCCUUCAUGACCUGGCUGAGAAGCUACAUAAAGCUGUUUCAGGCCCCAUGUCAGCGCUGCGGGAAGUUCCUGCAAGACGGCCUGCCCCCGACCUGGAGGGACUUCAGAACCCUGGAGGCCUUUCAUGACACCUGCCGCCAGUGACCCUGUCCUGUCCCCCAGCACUUCCCCAGACCAGUGCUGAGUGAUGCUGAUGGCCUGACCACCUUUACCACAGUGUCUGUCACCUGCUCUCUCUCUGCCCACCCCUGCUGGCAAGAUUGUCACCCAUCAGUACACAACCUGGUAUUCUGUGUGUUGGCAGGGCCCACAAGUUGGUCCUCCUGGGUCUGUUGCUGACAUUGUCUUCCUGAGCUGUUACUAGAAGAAGCCCAGUUCUUGCGUGUUGCUGUACAGGGUAGGGGUUGUUUUGCUUAGUUUUGUUUGUUUUUUUUUUUAACUUAUUUUUGUAAACAAUAAAACCUUUUGUACCCAG